CCAUUAGUUUAAUUACCGUUUUUUUUAUCAAGACUUUAAACAAAAAUCCUGCAUGUCAAACUGAAACCAUAAAAAGAGAGAACACGAAUGUAGAGGAACGCAGAUUAUUGUCAAAACAUGAUCGCUUUUCAGUCCUGUGUAACAUUCAGCCUGUUUCAACUUAUGUUAGCUGCUGGAGUACUAGUUGUGUUUGCUACUGCAGUAACAAAAACUUGUAACACACGAUGUUACCCCGGCAAUGACUGCUUCCCGUCCUUGACAGAAAUUGCAAUGUUCCAGAAUACAAUUGAUGGAUUCGUUGUACUCCCGUCGAACAACACAUACACAGAUGUUAUAAAUAUGCACAACAAAUUAUUCACAAGGUUUCCAGCAAUCGUUGUCAUGGUUCUAUCAACAGACGACAUCAAACAGUCAAUGUUGUUUGCCAAGAGAUUCAACCUGCACGUGGUCGUGAAGUCGUCUGGUCACGAUUACAUAGGUCGGUCAAGUUGGUCUGGUAGUAUUCAGAUAAACUUGGGAUAUAUGAGAAAAAUGACAGUACAGUUAGGUUCAUCAAGAUCUGUGGACGGAGAAUUAACAGUUGAAGGUGGAGCAAAUUGGCAAGAGAUUUACCAAGAAGUGGAUAAAUACAACAGAGUUAUUGUCGGUGGCAGCUCUCAGACAGUGUCCCCUAGUGGAUACACACUAGGCGGAGGACAUAGCAUAUUGUCCCGGAUGUUGGGAUUGGCAGUUGAUCAAGUUUUGGAAAUGACAGUCAUUACAGUGAACGGGAGUAUAAUUAAGUGCACCAAUCAUACGUCACAUAUAACUAAUGCAGAUGAGAGCUUUUCUGUGACUUCAGAUAACUCUCUCUUUUGGGCUCUAAGGGGAGGCGGUGGUGGAACAUUCGGAAUCGUAUCAUCGUUUACUUUCAAACUUUACAAGGUCAAACAUCAAUAUGUCAAGGUUACGAUGUCUUAUCCAUUAUCCAUAAAUGGAAACUCCUCAGUUGGUCAAGAGGUAAUGCAAUUUUAUUCAAAUUUUGUCAAAAGAAUGCCUAACGAAUGGGGAGGAUAUUCAUUUCUCUCAAAUGCACAACAAUUCACUAAAACAAACGACUCUGUAGUCGGCACUUUAGGGUUUUUGUAUUGCCACUAUGGUGGAUGGAAUGAUUCUAGUAGGAAAUAUAUGGAUUUAUGGAAUGAUUUCCACCCCGAAUGGAGAUUAGAAUACACUGUUCGGAACAUCUCUACCUUCUGGGAAGGCUUUGGAAGCGUUAUGACUGACAGUCCAUGGAGCAGAGUGUACGUCACUGGGUCGUUUAUACAGGAAGCGGGAAUAGAUACAAAUUUUCUAGACUUUAUAGUUGAUACAAUGACACGGCCGAUUAAUGCCACUAACCCCUUGUAUGCCUGUGUUGGAACUCAUUUGGGAGGAAAAGUAUCUGAUUUUAGUGAUACCCCGACUCAUCCAGGUUUUAGACAUGCCAGAUUAUGCCUUGGGUGCGUUGUGGCAAUACCUGACAUCAAACGUGAGGACUUCUAUAUUCAAAAAGGGAAAGAACUCAGUCAACGCCUAAUAUCGUACGGCAACGGAACAUACGUUAACGAAGCUGCAGAAUACAUGCCUAAUUGGCAACAAAACUAUUGGGGACCACAUUAUAGUCGGUUGUUAUCGAUAAAGAGAGAGGUUGAUCCGGAUAACAUUUUGACAUGUCAUCAUUGUGUCGGUUCUGAACUUUGAAAUCGUUUACAAAUUUUCCUGUUAAUAAAAGAAUGAAGUCAU